AAUAAAAAAGCAAUUUAAGAGAGAGAGAAAGGAAAAAAGAAAGCUCCGAUAAAAAUUCAGUCUUUCAAUCUCCCCUGAGAGACCGUUUUUUUUUAAAACACAAAAAUUUGGGCAAAAAAAUUAUUUCCUUUUUCUCUUUCUAUCUGUCUGUCUGAAAUCUGUAGAAACUAUUCUGAAAUUUGUUGUGGGUAUGUAAACAGAGGGUUUUGAUGAUGAUGAAGUGUUCUGGAACCUAAUCAUUGGAUUUUCUGAGAGACAGAGCCUCAAAUGGCUGGAAACAACAACCAUCAGCAACUGAAACAAAUUGGGGGGAGUUGGUUAGGGUUUCAACAUUUGAUGCUGCGUAAACAAAAGAAAACCCUCGUUUUAUUCUUCUGGGUCAUCUGAUUAACAAAGGGUUUGAGUUAUUUUUUUCAAUUUAUAUCCGUGAUUUGAGGUUUUUGUAAUAGCAGCAGCCAUGGGUGGUGGUGGAAAAGGUCCAUUAGAGAAGAUUAAGAGAUGUUUAUGGACAGUGGUGUUUAUGUUAACAAUGGUAGCGUCAUUAUUAGUAUUAUCUGCUCCUGUAUUGAUUGGUAUUGGUGAUAUAUUGGUUCCUUGUAUUUUGAUUCCAAGUUUUACUUGUGUUAGAUGUCAUAGUUUUAGAGAACAUUUACAGAGAUAUGGGUUUAGAACUUCAUUAAUGGAUCUUCCGAUUGUUUCUCUACUCAGAUCUUUCAUCAUCACAUGUGUUUAUACUUUGUGUGAUAGUCCAGGUCUGUCUCAUGGGCCUUACCUUGGUACAGCUACACUUUGUUCUUUCGUUUCGAUACUUGUUCUAGCAGUGAAAGCUUGUGUUUUUAGUGCAACAUUUGAGGCUGAGGGUUCGACAUCACUUGCAAGGCAGAAGAAAUUACAUUUGAAGAAGUCUUGGGGAAUGCCGGUGUUGUUCUUCUCGUCGUUGGUUUUUGCACUUGGUCAUAUGGUUGUUGCUUAUAGGACAAGCUGCAAGGCUAGGCGGAAGCUAUUGUUUCAUAGAGUUGACCCUGAGGCGGUUCUUUCCUGCAAGAGUGUAUUUUCUAGUUACCAAAAGGUCCCACGAUCUCCGACACCCUCUGCAGGCAAAGCCCUAAGAAGUGACAGUGAGGGACGGCGAAAGGCUUUUGGUACAGCUCGUGAUGAAGGAGAGCUCCCAAUAAGAUUACUUGCCGAGAUGGACAGCUUGUUUAUUCCCUGCCAAGGUCUUACUCUCCAUUACAAGCUGAGCUUCCCCGAGUCACAUCCUUCUCACUCUGCUCCAACUGCAUUUCUUGAUGAGAGUCCUAAUAGCAGUUCACCUCCAAGAAUAUCAGCAAGACUUAAACUUGAGAGGCCACCGUUAAGUGGUCCAUCUAAAUUACAACACAAUCAUCUACAGAGGAGCUAUAGUAACCAAUUCCCCAGCUCAUCUCUAUACGCUCCACUUUUGGAGGGUUCUGCAACUUCAUCAGUUUAUUUCUCAGAAGAAAUCCCUGUUUUGAGUCUAGAUGAUGCAAACAAAGGCUUGACUGCUGUUAGUUCAAUGGGAAAUGUAGAGACUAGUGGAUAUGGGAAGCUUGGAAUUGUUUUGGUGCACGGCUUCGGAGGCGGAGUGUUCUCCUGGAGACAUGUGAUGGGUGUUCUGGCGAGACGAGUUGGUUGCAUAGUUGCUGCUUUUGAUCGCCCAGGUUGGGGAUUAACUUCUCGACCACAAAGGAAAGACUGGGAAGAAACUCAACUGCCUAAUCCCUAUAAGCUCGAAACUCAGGUGGAUCUUCUCCUUUCUUUUUGCUUGGAUAUGGGAUUUUCUUCGGUGAUACUUGUUGGUCAUGAUGACGGAGGUCUACUUGCAUUGAAGGCUGCAGAACAAGUCCGGGCAUCCAAAAAUUCUGAAUAUUUACAGAUCAAGGGUGUGGUGCUACUUGGUGUUAGUCCAUCAAGAGAAGUCGUUCCUGCCUUUGCUAGGAUUCUGCUACGUACUUCUCUUGGGAAAAAACACUUGGUACGUCCUUUGCUGCGAACCGAGAUCACUCAAGUUGUUAACCGUAGGGCGUGGUAUGAUUGCACCAAGCUAACAACAGAAGUUUUGAAUCUCUACAAGGCGCCUCUUUGCAUCGAAGGGUGGGAUGAAGCACUCCACGAAAUCUGUAGGUUGUCAUUUGAAACAGUUCUUUCAGCCCAAAAUGCAGAAGCAUUAUUUAAAUCUGUAGAAGACUUGCCAGUUUUGGUUGUCGCUGGUGCUGAGGAUGCCCUUGUCUCUCUUAAAUCUUCUCAAGUUACGGCAUCUAAGCUUGUAAAUUCUAGACUAGUAGCAAUAUCUGGGUGCGGUCAUCUUCCACACGAAGAAUGCCCUAAAGCAUUACUUGCAGCACUAUUACCGUUUAUUACUAGGCUUUUACCAUCAAUGUCAGAUCAUGAACAAAGCCUGCAAAGACAUUAGGUUGUUAUAGUUUUUCUUCCCCCUUUUAUUUCCCCCUCGGGGAGUAGGAGCCUAACCUACCUAUCUCUGAGGAUUUUUGAUGUGUUAGCUUUGGAGCCAGAACCCCUUAUCCAAGAGGGUUUUAGAGCUCCCCACCCAUAUGUUCAUUAUUUCUCCUUCCUUCUCAUUUUCUGUUCUCUGAUGCAAGGUCUCAUAUGUACUGGUGUUUUGAUUGAGAAAUUAUUUUCCACCAAGCCGGUGGAAAAUAUCAUGUGUACAUUUAAUUAGAAUAGUCAAUGUGUGCAGAAUUUUCUCGACUCCGUCUCUAUCAGUGUAAUAUUGUAUAUUCUUCAAUUGUUCAGAACCUUAAAAAACAGACGGGUAUGCCAGUUUAAUAUCUGGA